UCUUCAGCUUGGUUUUGGAAAACAGAAGUGUGGAAGUGUCCUGUGUAUCCUGGAUGUAUUUGACAACAGAAUUAUGAAUGGUUUAAUAUGUAUUUCAUUUAGUUUGUGAUCAGCUGGGUUGCCGUGCAAGAAAUAAGCAUUAAAUAGCGUAUGGAAACGGCAGGAGAGACUGAUUUAGGUGGAGUAAUGAGAUUAUUGUGGUUUUGUCCUGAAUUGUAAAUAAUAAUAUAUGUUACACCACGGAAAGGAUUUUUAACAUUUCUAAUGACAGGCGAGGAAACGCUGCACUGUUCUCUGAUAUCUAUAAGCUGAUCUUAAAUUCGCUUAUAAAAAUUAGUUUCUCUGUUAUAAUGUGGUGAAAUUGACUUCACAGCACUGGAAACAAGGUCAGAUGCUGAGCAAGCUAAGGCUUCCUGAGACAGUUAUAAGCUGUAGCUUUGAGAUAAGUGAGAUCGUGGAAUAGGUCUCAGAAGCCUUGUUGAAGUUUGACCAUAUACAAGAAAGAUAACUUUUCAUCCAGAAACAAUGAAGCUACAUGUCACGAUACAGAAUGGAGGGCCGAUUCAGCUGGUGAAAUGUGUUCAGUGCUGCAGUAAAUAUCACUGUCCAUUCUGUAAGCCUGAGAUCUUCAAGCCGACCGUGGAGAGCAAAGUGAGGAAGCACCUUAAAGCGCAUGAAAAAAGGGCCGUCAGAUAUAAAGAAUAUGCGAUCUUCAAGUGUGGCUUGAACUGCAAGGCGGUUUCGCAUUUCCACUGCCCCAAAUGCAGUAAAUUAGUAGAAAAAAAGAACAAAUUCCUCGAGCAUCUGGACAAAUGUGUGGGAACAGUGGCCCAUGAGGAGGAUCGAGAGAAUCUGGUCCCUGUAAAGGAGGAGCUGAAUCCAAAUCAUUUCUCUGUUAAAGAGGAUGUGGACAGUCCUAUUUCUGAGGAACAUCAGAGUCUGCUAGCUGUUCCUGUAGUGGAGCUACAUGUCACGAUACAGAAUGGAGGGCCGAUUCAGCUGGUGAAAUGUGUUCAGUGCUGCAGUAAAUAUCACUGUCCGUUCUGCAAGCCUGAGAUCUUUAAGCCGACCGUGGAGAGCAAAGUGAGGAAGCACAUUAAAGCGCAUGAGAAGAGAGCCGUCAAAUAUAAAGGAUAUAUAAUCUUUAAGUGUGGACUGAACUGCAGACCUGUUUCACAUUUUCACUGCCCAAGCUGUAGCAAAUUAUUGGAGAAGAGGAACAGAUUUGUGGAUCAUCUGAGUAAAUGCAUGGGCACAAUGGCAGCUGAGGCUGGAGAAGAACAUCUUCCAGUAAAGCUGGAGGCUGACAGCCAUGAGGUACCUGAAGAAGACGUGGAAAACCAUCAAGCCAAUGACCAAGAUUACUCCCUGGAUUUUGGACCAAGUCCAGAACUACCAGUGCAGUCUGAGGUUGUUUCAUCUCCUCAGUCUAAUCACAAACCUGCGUUCUCCAGUCUACACGAUUCCAUAUCACCUUGGGCUUUUGGUGAUAUGAGAAUGAAAAGACAAGGAAGAUCUCCAAAGAUCCAUUUUACAAAGAAAACACACGGACUGCACUGUCGACACGUCCCGGGGUGGAGGAGAAGUCAUUGCGUGAAGCUGUCAAGAGCCUUCAGACUUAUCAGGAAACCAGCAUUUUAAAAGCAGUGAGGUAAUGGUGAACACCCAGUGUUUGCUGGAGCUUUUCCAGUUCUGCUGGUUUUGUCAGAAAGAGUGCUGCAUCACCAUCGAUGGCAACGAGAAGCUGUUUUCAGUCAUGCAGGACUGCCAGAGUUGUGGCUACCACAGAGAAUGGAGGAGUCGCCCACCUUUAACAGAACCUCCACACUCCUUCAAUAAGGAGGAAAAGCAUGCACAUGAGGAUGAGGAUGGUGAGAAGGUCGUGGCUCAGAUUGUGUCCUCAGAUGCCGAGUGCAGUGAGAAGGUGUUUAUUGAAAAGGAUGGGUCAUAUUUAUCUACUGAUGAUGCUGAAACACAUUUACAGAAAAAGGCAGAAAAAAGGAAAAGGAAAAGGAAGUCUGAAAGUAAAAGCAGUUCAGACAAUUGGGAGUCAUGUUUAGAUGAAUGGGCCACAGACUCUGAUGUUUCCAUGGAUAAAGGUCUGUUCACAGUGUUAAAGGAGGAUGGUCCCGUGAAGUGGUGUACACAGUGUAGGGCCGUGGCCUCGCUCUCAUGUUCUGUCCAUCAGCACAAAAAAUUGUUCUGCUGCGCUCAGUGUGGUACAGGUGACGGCGUUCGGACGCAUUGUAUUGAAACACUUCCUGUUCGGUUUGAGGACGUAGCCAGUUUUCAGAAUCAUGCUGAACAGGAGCACGGAUCCAAACCAUUUUAUAAACUGUGUCAGGAUUGUGGCAAGGUUGUCCUAGCGAAUCCUGAAUCCAGAGGUUUAAAAGAGCAUAAAUGCGAACCCAAGUCCGAAUUUAUCGUCUGUCCGGAGUGCGGGAAGAGAUUCUCACCGAAAUGGGCUUAAAAUCGCACUACACUCGGCUCCAUUCGUACGGUAACCAGGUCUGCGAAACUCCAACAUGAGAGUCCUGAUUGUCCACAGACGUUUGGUAGCACUCACCAACACAAUAACCACGCCAUAGCCCACUGAGGUCCUCAGAAAUGUGUGUAAUGUGUGUGAAAGGCUUUCAGAACAUCUAAAUGUUAAAAAGACAGCGGUCCUUCAACCGAAAGGAAAACACAAGAACUCUGGUUUGACUCUGAUGAAUCUACACUGUAGUUAAUACAGGGGUAUUAACACAGCACUGCGGUUGCCCUGAGGGCAAUGGACAUGGCUUGAUGAUAGACAUAUGGCUGAUCUGAGAACAGUAGCUCCAUUGACCUUCAUUGGCAAUACAUUUCACCCUGUUCCCUAUGGUUUUGAUACAUUAUUACCAACAGUUACAAUGUAAGGUGUCGUUCCUCAAGCUGUUUUGAACAUUAUACCUCUGUAAUGUUUGAUUUUAUUCCAGCAUUUCUGGAUUGUACCAAUUUUCCAGUCGUUCGCUCUGAGGCUCCCAGGGCUUCUUCCUGAGUGUAUGAUUAAUAUCUGUUAAAAUGUAGCCAAAUGGCCAUGUCCAUGUCAUAUUUAUGUCCAGGUUCACAGCUAAAGACCAGUCUGGACAUUUUAUUCUCAGGGUUCCUAUGCAUUCUGGAAAAGUAUGAAUAUGGAAUUUGAUUUGACUGGUUUCAGGUCUGGAUUAGCAUUUUGAAAAGUAUUUAAAUUAGUUCCAUUGAUAUGGAAAAGUAUUUCGGUUCGGUUUCUAAAAUGUAAAAUUGAUUAAAAAAUAUUUGUUAUAAAACAAAGGCUACACUAAACUGGAUACAUUUAAAAACGGUGUUUUCGUCGGAAAAACGCUCACCGUCCACAAUUUCGUUUUCAGUCGUUGCUCAUCCACACCAAAACGUCUAUACUUGACUGAAAACUUGACUGAAAACGCCAUCUCGGUGCGGACAGAAGGCCAAAAUGGACAGAAAAUAUAAACAUUUUCAAAUGUAAACAUAUUAAUGGGGACAUGGCCGAACAGUUGUUUUUUUUAUUUAUCUAUUUAUUUAUUUUUUGUUAAUGGACUUUAGUUCUCUUUAUUAGUUUCUUGAUGAAUUGCACAUGAACAAUCUUUCCACUGCUGUAGGAUUGAAGGUUUACAGUUUCAAAAUUCUAUUUAUAAAUGAUCAACUUUGCACUGUUUUAGAAUUGCAGUUUUAAUCAAAUGAACUUGGUUUUGUUUUAUUAUUUGUAUGAGCUACAAUAGCUGCAACCUUCCAGCAAUUAUUUGGUAAUAUAAUAAAGAUUGUAACAUAAUUCAUUAUUUCGGAUGUUGAAUUUAAUCUUAAAAAUGUUUGGGGAACUCUGCAUAUGUCUGGAAAUGUAUGGAGUCCCCUGUUACAUCACUCUAGUUUAUAAUUGCUCAGAAAUACAGUUGUGGGUAUUAUUAUUAUGAUGAUUAUUAUGAUUAUUAUGAUUAUAUUUUUCUUCUCAAAAUCCUUAUGGCUCAGUUGUUAAUUUUGUCCGUGGUAUUUUAUACCAAAUUUAUCCUGUUGCAUUAUUUAAAAAAUACAAACAAGCUAUUAGCCUCAUUUAAGCACGGUG